AUAUACACAUGGCAUCGUAUAACUGCGAUACAAAUUGUGAAUACUAACAAAAUUCAUUAACGAUAAAUAAAAAAAAUAAAAUGGACAACAAUCGUCGAAGUAGCAUUGUAGAACCAACGGGCGGCGGUUACGCACCGGAUACAAGAAGUCAAUUGAACACGACGACAGUACAACCUAAGCCAUCGCAGCGAGCGCCUGAAUUUCAUUCGAGACCGACACGGCCAGAAUUCUAUCAGCAAGGCCCUUACGGCACAACAAAUAAGCCACAGGGACAGCAACAACGGCCGCCAACGCCGAGGAUGCCUGGUGACAAUAAAGCCAGUCCCUGGAAUAUUAUCCGACAAACUUUGCCACCGGAUGUCGGGGUCCGUGGUUCAGUACAGCUGCAACAACAGCGUGGGCCACUGCCCCAAAACUAUAACAACAUUAACAACAAUACCAUGCAACAGAGACCACCAUUGCAACAAGAGCAGCAACAGUACAGACAACAGAUGCCGAUGCAGGAACGUCGUGGCCCUGCACCUCGAGUGUCUGAGGAAAGGCCGCUGCCGCAAUUCAGAUCGGAAAAUGGUAGACAAGUGAGAACCGUUGAAGGUGGUGCCGAUGACGACGAAGAAGUGGUAGUCAACUCUACUAUAAACCAACAGUUGCAGCAACAGCAACAGUCGAUGCUAAGUCGAAGGGAUUCAGUAGUACUUGCAGGUAGCCGAACCGGUGAUGGAAUAGCUGAUCCAAACAAGCAGUGGCAGCCGAAGGCGGCGGCACCGGGGGCUGUGCCGUAUGGAAAACCGCAGCCACAGGAACAACAGUACGGUCGACAAUCAUUGAUGAUACCCGAGGGCCAGGAGCAGACACGCUUUCCAGCACAGGCAACUGGUGGAUAUAAUAGCAACAGACUAGCGAUGAUGCAGGGAGACGACAGCAGUAGACAACCAGCGCAGGCACAAAAUGGCAUGCAAAAGUCCAGAGAUGUGCAGCCACAACAACAGCAACAAAAACAACAACAGCAAAAUUUGUUGACGAGACGGGAUAGUGUAUUUGACGCAAAUACUGCAAAAGUCAAUACAGAAAUGAUGUCGCGCAGGAACGACGGGAUGGCCGAGUAUGGAAGGAGACCGGGGCCGGACUUGCGAGAUGAUAGUGGCAACAGGUGGCAGCCGGAGCUAGUCGGUGGAGGCCGGAGACCGCCGCCCAUGCAGGACUCGGUGCAAGAGGAUGGCAAACGACCGGCUGCCGAAUAUAAGGAAGACAUGAGUGGCAGACGUUUGACGGAUUUCAAAAACAGUAGACCAGAAGCUGGUGCCACCGUCGACUUUGGGGCGGCUGCCAGACAGGUGAAUGCUGUGGCCCGGCCGGACGAUAAACCGUAUGAUAGACAGUCUGUCAGAGAUUACGAACAACCAAGGUACGAGCGUAAAGCGUCACUAGAAAAAGAUCAACCUGUCCCGAAAGCGGCGGCGGUGGAACACGGCAAUCGAGCGUCGGAACUUAGAAAGUUGCACUUCGACUCCACUUAUUUAAAACCGGUCAGAGAGCAACAGCAAUAUGUAGCUAACGAUGACAGUAAGGUGGCCGCAGCGCGUGGCAGAGUGUCGCAAGUGGAAGAGACGAGAGCUAGGGAUUAUGCGGUCGCGGCGGUGAAAUCGACCGGUGACGGCAACCCGCCAAACGAACGAUACAAAGCGACAUUCACCGAGGCGGCAGACGGUGCUAAAAGUGGAAAUGACGAGGUCGUGCCACAGAUGAGUAAGAACUCCAGGCCCGAUACUUUAAAAAUAAUUAAAGACAAUGAACCCCUCAAAGAUUUGUCAAACUCGAAAAGUGAUCGUCGUAAUGAAAACGACGUGGGCAAGUCGCCGAGCAAAAUCCCGAAAAAAGACCGGUCAGAAUUGAAAACGCCCACUCGAGCCGUUACACCAAAGUCUCCCGAGAACUUGAUGUCUAUUGGACAAAAGAAGUUGCCGAUGAAUAAAGUGCAAGUGGGAUCUGCACCAUCUCCAAAUCUCAAGGUAGUUCGAUCGAAAGUCGGAUCACUGCAAAACACCAGUCACAAACCAGGUGGUGGGCAAGUGAAAAUUGAAAACAGAAAACUCGAAUGGAAAGCCGGUACGAGAGUUGAGGCCAAAAACGACGCGUAUGUUCCCGGUGGUGGCGAUAAAAAGAUUCAAAGUGUUAAACUGCAGUGGAAUGCCAAACCUAAAGUAGGUUCAUUGGACAACAAAACACACAAGCCUGGCGGUGGUGACAAAAAAAUCGAAACUGUUAAGCUCGAUUUCAAAGACAAAGCAAAACCGAAAAUUGGAUCUAAAGACAAUAUUAAACACACUCCCGGCGGAGGAGCUGUCAAGAUUGAGGAUCAAAAAUUGGAUAUAAAAGCUCAGAGCAAAGUUGGAUCAUUAGACAACGUGAAACAUAGACCGGGCGGAGGAGAGGUGAAAAUAUUUGACGAUAAAAGUUAUAUAAAACAAACAACCGCAGGACAGACCGGCACACCGACAAAAACGCAGAGCUCGAGAUCAUCGCAAGUCGGCAAUGUAGCUGAACAAGAAAUUUAGACUACCAUCAUCACUUCAUAAGCAUUAUUUUAUUAUUACGUAUUUCAUCCUUGAAGUACACAUUAUAUAAUAAUAAUAUAUAGUAUUAAUGCUUUUGAUAAGGCUCUAUUAAAGCCAGAGCACAUAUUAUUGUGCAUUUGUUAUUACUGAAUAAUAUGUUUGCACAACCAUAAAACAUUUGCUGGUACAUGUACGUAUUAAUAAUAAUCAAAUGUAAAAAGCAUUGAUUUGUACUAAGUUUUAUUGAUUUUAAAAUAUAACUUUAUUAUCACUUUUUUUGACACAACAACAAUAUUGUCGUUAUCGCAUUUCAUUGUUGCAUAGCUCCAGAGAAGUUCUAGUUUGAAAAGUCCAAUAAGUAUGAAGUUAUAUAGCCCUGACGAGCGAC